GCAGUCUCUGGUCAUCCCCUGUACCGUGUCCGCAGUGUCUGGUCAUCUCCUGUACUGUGUCCGCAUUCUCUGGUCAUCUCCUGUACUGUGUCCGCAGUCUCUGGUCAUCUCCUGUACUGUGUCCGCAGUCUCUGGUCAUCUCCUGUACUGUGUCUGCAGUCUCUGGUCAUUUUCUGUGCUAUGACUGCAGUCCAUUGGUUCAGAAUAUUUUUUUCUUGUUUGCCACCUCUAAAACCUAGGUGCGUCUUAUGGUCAGGUGCGUCUUAUGGAGUGAAAAAUACAGUAUAUAUAUAUAUAUAUAUAUAUAUAUAAAAUUACUUAUAC